CCCUGACUGGCAAUCAAACCUCAGUCUCCUGGAUCAUAGGUUGAUGCUCAACUGCUGAGCCACGCUGGCCGGGCUGAGCUGAUUCUUAAAGGAUUGAUAGAACUUCAUCAGUGAAGAAGAAAUAAAAGAAAUGAAGAUUUUUCUGGAAGAGACUUUGACUUGAAGACUUUUUAUAUUUGACAAGUAUUGUCAUCUGUAAUGAAGAUCAUUGUGAAACAGAAGAUUGAAUAAAGCCUUGUAACAUUGAACCUAGAUUAGAGAUUUAGAAAAGAAAGUUAAAAUUAUUCACUUUGAUUUUAGUGUUUCAAUUUCAUAAUAUUUAUGCUUCUAAAUAGAUAUAGAGAGUAGAAAAUAAAAUUCAGUGCUAUACUAAAGCUGUUUUUUUUUUCUUUUUUUUGCAUAAGAGAAGUAGACAACCAAGAGCUAUAGUGAUACAUAAUGAAAUAUACUAAGUCGAAUUUUAUGAUGUCUGUUCUUGGCAUUAUAAUCUAUAUAACUGAUUUAAUUGUGGACAUAUGGGUAUCUGUUAGGUUUUUCCAUGAAGGACAAUAUGUUUUUGGUGUUUUAACAGUAAGCUUUAUGCUCUUUGGAACACUUGUGGUCCAGUGCUUUAGUUAUUCUUGGUUCAAGGCCGAUUUAAAGAAAGCAGGCCAAGAAAGUCAGCAUUGUUUUCUUCUACUUCACUGCUUGCAGGGAGGAAUUUUUACAAGGUAUUGGUUUGCCUUGAAAAAGGGUUAUCAUGUGGCUUUCAAAUAUAGCAGGAAAACUGAUAACUUCAUAGAAGAACAAAGUGAUCCACGUAAAGAAGUUAUAGAUAGAGUGACUGAUCUGAGCAUGCUCAGGCUGUUUGAGACCUACCUGGAAGGCUGCCCACAACUUGUUCUUCAGCUCUAUCUCUGUCUGGAACAGGGUCAAGCAAAUAUCAGUCAGUAUGCAGCCCUCAUUAUCUCUUGCUGUGCUAUUUCUUGGUCGACUGUUGAUUAUCAAGUAGCUUUAAGAAAAUCCUUGCCUGAUAAAAAUGUCCUUAAUGGGCCCUGUCCCAAACUCACAUAUCUCUUUUACAAGUUUUUUACAUUAUUAUCUUGGAUGCUGAGUGUUGUACUUCUUUUAUUCAUAAAUGUUAAUAUUGCUUUAUAUCUGUUGUUAUUUCUUUGGUUUUUAGGUAUAUUGUGGGCAUUUAAAAACCAAACUCAGUUUUGUGCUUCCAUAAGUAUGGAGAUCUUAUACAGGAUUGUUGUUGGAUUCAUUCUUAUUUUUACAUUUUUUAAUAUUAAGGGACAGAAUACCAAAUGUCCAAUGUCUUGUUAUUAUAUUGUAAGGGUACUGGCCACAUUGGGGAUAUUGAUUGUGUUGUGGGUUUGCCCACUUUCUAUUUUUAAUUCAGACUAUUUUAUACCUAUCAGUAUUAUUAUAGCUCUUGCUCUUCUCUUUGGAAUUAUUUUUCUUAUUGUUUAUUAUGGAACUUUGCACCCAAACAAAAGUGAAGAAACACAACCUGAUGAAGUUGAUGGAAAACCAGUACAAACAGAAUGUAGAAUGAAGUAUUUCCUAAUGGAAUAAACUAUUUCUUUAUGAGA